AUGGACGGUACUACUGAUGAUAUUCAGGUGGCAACAGAAAUUUCCGUAGCGACUACGACGAGUUCCCUAAGAGAAUCAACUGAAGAUGGCGAACAUCGAAAAGUUCGACGAUCUCUUAGAGAAAUAAAAAAACCAAAAUUCGAUGAUGAAAUUGUGGAUAGUUCAGCAACAAUCAAGUCAUCACCAAGAAAACGCGCAAAUACUGAGAAAUUUUUUCAUUUGCCAGUUACAUCAGAACCCAGUUUGGAUAGAGCAGAUUCUUUCUCAGGGCAAUCUAUAAAAACUAAAUUGGGCAAAAGAUUAUGGCGAUCAAAUGAUCAGAAUUUAACGCAGUCAGCUGUUGACGAUAAAGUAGCGAAAAAGAUUUCUGUUGUACUUCAAUCAGUGGCGUUGCCUGCAGUCGAUAAGAAGCGACGUGAAAAAAUUGCCAGUAAGGAAGCUAAAGCAAAGGAACUGGCUGCGGCCACAUCAAAUACAAGUGCAACUAAUCAGAAUCUUUCUGAAGUUAUGAAAAAAUGGACUGCUGCUGAUGAUUUAGCUUUGAUAACGGCAGUUGAUCAUGUUUGUGAUCUUGAAGCUGUUAAAGAGGACACGCGAUUUUCACGUCCUGUUACUCUGAGCGAAAUCGAAGAACGUUGGUACGAACUUCUUUACGAUGAGGCAGCAUCACGCUUGGCUCGUCAACGAAUUAGUGAUCUUCCUGCUGAUGUAGUUAGCGCGAUCCAGUCAAAAACUAUCUUCAAUAUGGAGGAAGAAGGGAUAAUUGCGUCAAUAAGUUCUUCAUCACCAGAUGAUAUUUCUACUUUUCAACAGGUCCUCACAUCUAAUCGUUCCAUAUUUCAUCAUGCACGUACGGCUGAAGUUAUUCGUCAACACUGGCGGCAAUUAAAAUCAUUUCGAUUAUUGGUUGAUCAAAGGAAAAGCUACCCCUUAAGCAAUGAACCAAUACAAGCAGACCAAGGACGCUGGACUUUUAUUAGCGACAACCAAAUUGGUUUCGAGGAAUUGCGAAUCGCAAAGCAAUUGACAUUAGCUGAACGACAGUGGGAGGAAUGGGAGAAAAUUAGCAUUACCACUAAUAAAUCACUUGAUGGGUCAGUAUGGGGAGUACUCAUUGGGCGAGUUUUUCGAUAUUUGAUUCGCAAAAAUCGGAUCUUAAUUGGAAGGAGUACAGCGAAGCACGAGACAGAUGUAAAUUUGUCGCUUGAAGGACCUGCAUCACGUAUCUCACGUAAGCAAGCAAUUCUGAAACGUUGUAUAAAUGCCGAAACAAAGAAGGAAGAAUUUUUUAUUACAAACACUGGCAAAUUGCCGAUGUAUGUUGAUGGAAGUACAGUUGUACAAGGAAAUAAGGCGAGAUUAUUCGAUAGCUCUAUAAUCGAAAUCGCACAAAUACGUCUGAAGCUAGAAGCCAAAACGGUUUCUUCGCCGCAGCCCACGCAGACACCAGAACAACAACAGCAACAACAACCGACGACGUUGCCAAAUACAGUUCAAUCCUCAUCUUCAGCAUUGCUAUUGCCGUUAUCAAGGCAGCAACAACAGGAACAAGAGUAG